CGGAAGUGCCGCAGAGCUCGUCAGACAGCAAAAGCAGCAGCAGAAGAAGAAUGGCGGCUGCGGGUCUGGAGCGGAUCCCGGAUCAGCUGGGCUACCUGGUGAUCAGCGAGGACGGGGUGCUGGCUUCUGCAGGUGAGCUGGAGAACGAUGAGCACACAGCAGCUGUGAUGAUGACGAUGGUUCGAACAGCGAGUCGCUUCAGAUUACCUGGAACAGCUGAUCCUCCAUUUAAACGCAUGUCAGUGAUCCUGGAGGACUUCGUGUACACCGUGACGAUCUCCGGGCAGAAAGUCUUCGUGGUCAAACGUCAGAACAACCAGCAGGAGCCAAUCAGCGUGUAGAUACAGACAGGAAGUGUUCAGACAGGAAGUGUUGAUGAUGAAUCUUUGUGUUUAAUUUUUAUAUUUAAAUAAAAUCAUUACGUCAUCAAGUUUUUACUGUUUAUUCAAUUUAAAACUUUAUCGACAGAAUAUUUAAACACAAAGAACGAAGAUCAGUAAAAUGAUCAGUAACAG